AUGGCGGGUCGGCGUGGGGCGCUGAUCGUCUUGGAGGGCGUGGACCGCGCCGGCAAGAGCACGCAGAGCCGCAAGCUGGUCGCCGCGCUGUGCGCCGACGGUUACCGCGCCGAGCUGCUCCGCUUCCCGGAAAGAUCAACUGAAAUUGGCAAACUUCUCAGUUCCUACUUGGAGAAGAAAACCGAAGUGGAGGACCACUCUGUGCAUCUGCUCUUCUCUGCAAACCGCUGGGAACAAGUGCCUUUAAUUAGAGACAAGCUGGACCAAGGCGUCACCCUCGUUGUGGACCGGUACGCUUUUUCUGGUGUCGCCUUUACAGCGGCCAAAGAGAACGUCUCCCUAGACUGGUGCAAGCAGCCGGACGUGGGCCUCCCCAGGCCCGACCUGGUCCUGUUCCUGCAGCUGCAGCUGGCAGACGCCGCCCGGCGCGGUGGGUUUGGCCGGGAGCGCUACGAAGAUGGAGCCUUCCAGGAGCGGGCUCUGCACUGCUUCCAGCAGCUCAUGCAGGACCCGAGCCUGGACUGGAAGGAGCGUGGAGGACGUGCACAAGGAGAUCCGCGCCUUGUCCAAGGAUGCCAUCCAGGCCGCCAUGCAGAUGCCGUUGGGCCAGCUGUGGAUGUAGGCGACCGGGCCCCGCUGUUCUGCCAGGACGCCAGCAUUUGCCCAUGAGUGUGUGCAGGCAGAGGGGACACGUGGGCAACAUCUCAUGAGCUGGGUAAUGUAGCUGAGGGGCUUGGAGGACCAGGGUGUCUCCUCCCUGCCAC